CCGUAAUAGUGCCCGUUUUUGGCGAGUUAUUCUUUUUGUCGUUGACCUUAGUCAAAAUUAGGUUUCAGAGUGGUUUUUGGUGUUCUAGUUUCAAUCUGAGUGUUUAAUUGGAUUCAAUGUUCUCCCUUUGUGGUUGUUGAAGAGUAGAUUUCAUCAUCUUGAGCAGGUAAGUGAUCUAAAAUUUGAGUUUUCUAAUUUUAUAUCACCUUAUUGGGUUGUUAGGGUUGUUGGUUGGGUGUUUUACAGGUUUGCAGUGAUUUCUCUUUGAACUGUCAGUUGGGGUUCUCUUUAGUUUGUUCCUAAUUGUUGGUUGAUCAUUCUUCUUUGGUUUCUGGUUUCCUUGUUCUCUUCUUUUCUUUGCCUAGUUCUUUUCAAACUAUAUUCCUUUCUUCUCUGCCUCCUCUUUCUCUCUGUUUUUGGUUUUCCUUCUUUGAUUUGUUUAGAUCGUCUCCAUGCCUCCCCUUACCUAUUUAGAUUUGAAAUAUUCGACCAUACUUCACUUGAUCUUGAUAAUCUCUCAAUGGGUAUCUCUUAAAUUAGUGGGUAACCUAAUCUUCAGAAGUACAAAAUUCUUUAGGUAUAAAUUUAGAUUCAUAGAAAAGAAAGAUACUAAGGGAAAUCUUCUGCUUAUGGCUACUCCCUCAAACUCUUUAAACAAUUCUAUAGAAAUCUCUACUGAUAUUGUAAACAACCUAGCUGCUAACAUGAAGAACAACCUUAACCUUGAAAGUGCAAUAGAACCGGUUGUUUAUUUAGACAAACAUAUGGUGUUGGAGAAAGAAUGUAGACUUUACUUUAUGUAUGCAGUGAAGGAUUUGUUGUCCUGUAACAAUAUCAACUAGCAGAGUCAGAAAUCUAGUUAGAGAUAUGUGGCUGAUGUUUAAAGAAGUCAUUAUCAAGAAUUUUGGAGCAAGACUAAAUGUUCACUUAUACAGAUUUGGUCCGGAGAUUGAUAUAAUGAGGAUUAAGGAUGAUGGUCCAUGGUGUUUAGAUGGAUACUUGGUGGUGCUUAUUGAAAUACCAAAUCAAGGAUUUGUGUUUGGUGCUGCUAUAAACAUGGAUUAUGAGUUAUUCAUAGUGUUUUUAUGUAGAAUCCCAAAUCAUUUUCUUACUCCUGCUGCAUACAGAUCCAUGGCAGCUGCUAUUGGUGAAUUGUGUGGGUUUGCAGAACCAAUGGGUCUCUCUCCAGAUCAUAAAACUGUUAAGAUGUUAAUCAAAAUCAAUGUAACGGGUGCUCUACCAAGGAGGGUGCUAGUAAGAGCUCAAGAGGAGGAAGCAUGGAUAUCGGUUAACUAUAAUGUCAUGCCAUGGAGGAUAUGUGCGAUUUGUAAGGUUUUGGAUCAUCGUGUGGAACCCUGUGUAGAAGGAGAAGAUGUGAUGAUAAUUGAAGAUUCAGCUAAUGUUGAAGUGAAUGAUGAUCUUGUGGAAGAAGAAUCUCCUAUUGCAGGUCGCAGUGGUCAUGUUGAUAUGAGCAAGGAUGGUGUCAGCAAAGCACAAAUCAAUGCAUCGGAAGUAGAAAUGGCUCGUGACUCCAUUGUUGUUUGUAUUACUAAGGAGGGAGGGUCAGGGGAAUGCUCUAAGGAGUGUAAUCCUAAUCUAUCAGGUUUGGAGGGGAGGAAUAAUUCUAAGUUAGAUCUGGUAGCUGCUCAAAUAGUGGCUGAUGCUGAAAGAACUAAUGAGGACAAGAGAAUGGUGGAGGAACGAAAUCGUAUUAAAGGCAACAGAAAAGUUGUUUUGGAAAAAUCGAAAGAUAAAGUAAAGUUAAGAGAGGAAGUUGCUCAAAUGGGGAUAUGUUCUGGUAUUUUUGGAGAAAUAAGCUUUUGCGGCGAAAUUGGCUAAAAAAGUGGUUUUUGCGC